GCUCCAAGUCCAACCACUCGGCUAAGCCCAGAGUAGAAGCUGCACUGAAAAGGAAAAAAAAAAAAAAACUGAAAACAAGAGGCCUAAAUCAACUCAGAGAAGGGAGGGAGGAAAAGAGGAGGGGGGAGAAAACGCCCUGGAAGUUUAGCUGGUCAAGAAAUAGGAAAACAGAGACAGACUUCUGACAGACUGCGAACUUGUGACAGCGUGAAAAGUGCUCUUCUUAGGUAGUAGUGAAGGGGAGAAGACACAUUUAGAAGGAUGCUCAAGCGGGUGUGAGGCGUCUUUGGCGCAAAGAUUGCGCACAGAAGUCAAAGGAGAAGAACACAAGAAGCAGACUGAAGUCCUUGGAUUUGCUUGAGCAAUCCAAGGAAAACAGCAACAGCAUUUUCCUCACACCAGGACUGAAAUAGAGGAAAACAAAAUCAAGAUGGCUGAUGAAGAGGACACUAGGGAAGUACUCUUUCAAGACUGGGAGGGCCCAGACAAAACUGGAUUGACCAUUGAACACACGAGUGGAGGGGAGCUCUUAGUCAAGGAGGUGAAAGGAGAGUCACCUGCAGCACGUUCUGGAAAAGUAUAUGAAGGUGAUCAGAUUGUGGGUGCAACUAUCUACUUUGAGAAUAUGAGCUCAGAAGAAACAGCAGAGUUACUGAAAACAUUGAACAAACACAAAGUUGGACUGAAACUACAAAACAAAGGAGACAAAUCCCCUUGCUACUCACCCUUGAGCACACCAUGUCGUUCUCCAAUGGGCACCCUCACAUGGGAAGGGAAGACACAGUUUGGAGCUUCCAGUCCAGAAAUCAUUCUCAGCGGAGAUGAUGAGGACUACAAGAGAAUAUACACAAAAAAGAUAAAACCGAGACUGAAGUCUGAGGAUCUUGCAGAGGGAGUGGAUGUUCGUACAGAGCGGCAUAGCAGCACUAGCAGUGACGGCAGUACAAUUACAACCAUCACUCGCCGCAUCACUACCUACACAGUGGAAAUGCCAAGUGCCAUAGGUGAGAAACUAGAACUUUCAAGCCCAGACUUCAAGGGACAAUGGCAUGAAUCUGGAGAUGGCUCUCCCCGUGUCAGAAUCUUGCAUGGCACUCCUUCAGCUAAAAUGGAGGCAGAAGAGAGUGUUUUUGAGUCUUGCAAUGUGACUUACACUGGGUCAAAAGGUAGCUCUACAGAAACAUACAGGGGUAGUGGUGGCGAUCAGUCAAAGACAAACUUUGGAGUUAUAGGUCACAAGGGCUCUAAAAUCUUAAGAGAAAGUGAAGAACAAGGAGCUGGCCGCAUUGAUGUCUCGAAAACACAACCUACAUUAAGUGACAGCAAAAGCACUUGUGUGAAGUAUGUAACAGUAGGAGGGUCAGGGGCUGCAGAAACAACCACAGAUGAUGAAAACACAGGGUCAGUUAGUGUGUCUCUGCCACAAAAAGACAUUCAAAGUUCAACCACAAUCUUACGUAAAAUGGAGGUUGGAGAUUCUGAUGGGAGUUUUGGUGAGAGGACAGUGAGGGCAUCUGAAAUCACCAUCAGCCACCCAAUCAAAGGAUCAGGUCAUUUUGAUCUCAAAAUCGGAAAUUCUGCUGAUGCUGAAGUUAAUGUUAACACUGAAUAUUCUACACAUCCAUGCAGGAAUUCAGUGGCAGGUAGGGAAAUUAGUUUUCCAAAUUCAAAGCUGCAAGGUGGGGAUAAGGUUGAUGGAGAAACAAAGACUAAAGGUCUUGAUGUAAAUACUGAAAGAAAAGAAGUUGAUUUUAAAAUGCCUCACAUCCAGAUAUCAUCAUUAAAGACAAAAACCGCCAGUGAAGGCAGCCCAGAUGUGGCCAUAAAAUCUCAGAAAGUAGUUUCAUACAUUGAUAAAUCUCAAGUAAUUGAUAGUGGUGGCUUUCAUGACAAAAAACAAACAAUAACAGAGAUAGACUCAAGAAGCAAUGGUUCCAUACUUAAAAGCAAAGUCGACAAGUCAGCUUCAAAGAUAGGAGUUGAUGUAAGAAUGCCUGAGAUGGAUUUAAACUUGAAAGGUCUGACACUCAAAGGCAAUAUGGAUAUAGAAGGUGUACAGUCAGAAGAAGCAGAAAAAACUGAUUUUGAAAUCAGAGGUAAGCCGAAGAAAGGAUUUCAAUUGCAACAAAUUACAUUGCCCUCAGUGAGGACUAAAGACCAAAAAGUAGAUUUUUCAGAUACUGAAGUGAAACUAACAGGCAUUCAAAAUGAGGGUGAUAUGGAUCUUACAGUACCAAAAGUAAAAGGAGAUGUAAAACAUGCAGAAGUGGAAGCUGAAAGACCAGAUUUUAAGGGGCUUAAAAUGUCUAAAUAUCAAGUGGAAUCAUGUGACGUGAAAGGCCCAAAAUUGCAACAUCCAAAUUUUGACGUGAACCUCACCAGAGAAACAGUUGAUGUGAAAGCACCUGAUUUUAGUAUUAAAAAAGCCAAUGUUGAAAUUGCGAGACCAGAUACCAAAUUGAAAGGACCAAUUGUUAACACAUCGAGUACAUCUGGACUACAAAUAUCUUUACCAAAGGUGGAUUUUGACAUGAAAGAUCCAAAAUGUAAGGGUGAAAUGGAUGUCUCAGUUUCAAAGAUAAAAGGAGACAUUACAUUAUCAGAAAUUGACAUUAAAGGUCCAGAAGGUGAUAUUGAAAAGCCAAAGGGUGGAACUGAAAUGCCCAAAAUAAAAAUGCCAUCAGGAAAUUUGAAAGGUCCAAAGGAUGGUGGUCCUGCUGUUGACCUUAAUGUGAAAGGCCCUAAAGUUGAGGGUGAUAUGGAUGUUACACUGCCAAAGAUUAAAGGAGAUAUAAAAGGUCCAGUCGUUAACAUUGAUGCCCCAGAUGUUGACAUUGAAAGUCACAAAGGUGGGCUAAAAAUGCCCAAAUUUAAGACGCCAUCGUUUGGUUUUAAAGGACCCAAAGUAGAAAGACCAGAUGUCGAUAUCGAUCUCCCCAAGGCAGAUAUUGAUGUGAAAGCACCAGAUGUUGACAUUGAAGGAGGAGAUAUUGAUAUCAAGGGACCUAAUGCAAAACUGAAAGGACCCAAAAUCAACAUGCCAGGCAUAUCUGGACCCAAAAUAUCCAUGCCAGAUGUGGAUUUCAACUUGAAAGGCCCGAAACUAAAAGGCGAUCUAGAUGCUUCAGUUCCAAAGAUAAAAGGUGACAUCAGACACCCUGAAAUUGACAUCAAAGGUCCAGCAGUUGAUAUUGAAGGGCCAAAGGGUGGAACUGAAAUGCCCAAAGUUAAAAUGCCAUCAGGAAAUUUGAAAGGUCCAAAGGGUGAUGUUCCAGAUGUUGACAUUAAACUAAAAGGCCCUAAAGUUGAGGGUGAUAUGAAUGUCAAACUGCCAAAAAUCCAAGGAGAUAUAAAAGGACCAGACGUGAAUAUUGAAGGUCCAGAUGUUGACAUUGAGGGUCACAAAGGUGUGCUGAAAAUGCCUAAAUUUAAGAUGCCAUCGUUUGGUUUUAAAGGACCCAAAGUAGAAGGACCAGAUGUCGAUGUCGAUCUCCCCAAGACAGAUAUUGAUGUGAAAGCACCAGAUGUUGACAUUGAUGGAGGAGAUAUUGAUAUCAAGGGACCUAAUGCAAAACUACAAGGACCCAAAUUCAACAUGCCAAGCAUAUCUGGACCAAAGAUAUCCAUGCCAGAUGUGGAUUUCAACUUGAAAGGCCCGAAACUCAAAGGCGAUCUAGAUGCGUCAGUUCCAAAGAUAAAAGGUGACAUCAAACACCCUGAACUUGACAUCAAAGGUCCAGCAGUUGAUAUUGAAGGACCAAAGGGAGGUUUUGAAAUGUCCAAAAUCAAAAUGCCAUCAGUAAAUUUAAAAGGUCCAAAGAUUGGUGGUCCUGAUGUUGAUCUGAAAGGCCCAAAACUCAAAGGUGACAUGGAUCUUUCAACUCCAAAUAUAAAAGGAGACAUCAAAUCACCUGAAAUUGACAUCAAAGGUCCAGAGGUUGAUAUUGAAGGACCAAAGGGAGGAUUUGAAAUGCCUAAAAUGAAAAUGCCCUCUCUAAGUUUGAAAGGUCCAAAGGUUGAUGUUCCAGAUGUUGACAUUAAUCUGAAAGGUCUUAAAGUUAAAGGGGAUGUGGAUGUUGCACUGCCAAAGAUGAAAGGAGAUCUAAAAGGUCCUGAGGUGGACAUUGAAGGCCCAAAUGUUGACAUUGAGGGUCACAAAGGUGGGCUGAAAAUGCCUAAAUUUAAGAUGCCAUCGUUUGGCAUGAAAGGCCCCAAAGUAGAAGGCCCAGAUGUCGAUAUCGAUCUCCCUAAGGCAGACAUUGAUGUAAAGGCACCUGAUGUAGACAUUGAAGGAGCAGAUUUUGAUAUAAAGGGACCAAAUGCAAAACUGAGAGGACCCAAAUUCAACAUGCCCAGCAUGUCCGGACCCAAAAUAUCCAUGCCAGAUGUGGAUUUCAACUUGAAAGGCCCAAAACUCAAAGGUGACAUGGAUCUUUCAACUCCAAAUAUAAAAGGAGACAUCAAAUCACCUGAAAUUGACAUCAAAGGUCCUGAGGUGGACAUUGAAGGCCCAAAUGUUGACAUUGAGGGUCACAAAGGUGGGCUGAAAAUGCCUAAAUUUAAGAUGCCAUCGUUUGGCAUGAAAGGCCCCAAAGUAGAAGGCCCAGAUGUCGAUAUCGAUCUCCCUAAGGCAGACAUUGAUGUAAAGGCACCUGAUGUAGACAUUGAAGGAGCAGAUUUCGAUAUAAAGGGACCAAAUGCAAAACUGAAAGGACCCAAAUUCAACAUGCCCAGCAUAUCUGGACCCAAAAUAUCCAUGCCAGAUGUGGAUUUCAACUUGAAAGGCCCAAAACUCAAAGGUGACAUGGAUCUUUCAACUCCAAAAAUGAAAGGAGACAUCAAACCACCUGAAAUCGACCUCAAAGGUCCCGAGGUUGAUAUUGAAGGACCAAAGGGAGGAUUUGAGAUGCCCAAAUUCAAAAUGCCAUCAGUAAAUGUGAAAGGUCAAAAGAUUGAUGGUCCUGAUGUUGAUCUUAAUCUAAAAGGCCCUAAAUUUGAAGGGGAUGUUACAUUGCCAAAGAUGAAAGGAGAUCUUAAAGGACCUGAGGUGGACAUUGAAGGCCCAGAUGUUGACAUUGAGGGUCACAAAGGUGGGCUGAAAAUGCCUAAAUUUAAGAUGCCAUCGUUUGGCAUGAAAGGCCCCAAAGUAGAAGGCCCAGAUGUCGAUAUCGAUCUCCCUAAGGCAGACAUUGAUGUAAAGGCACCUGAUGUAGACAUUGAAGGAGCAGAUUUUGAUAUCAAGGGACCAAAUGCAAAACUGAAAGGACCCAAAUUCAACAUGCCCAGCAUAUCUGGACCCAAAAUAUCCAUGCCAGAUGUGGAUUUCAACUUGAAAGGCCCAAAACUCAAAGGUGACAUGAAUGUUUCAACACCAAAAAUAAAAGGAGACAUCAAACCACCUGAAAUUGACAUCAAAGGUCCUGAGGUGGACAUUGAAGGCCCAAAUAUUGACAUUGAGGGUCACCAAGGUGGGCUGAAAAUGCCUAAAUUUAAGAUGCCAUCGUUUGGCAUGAAAGGCCCCAAAAUAGAAGGCCCAGAUGUCGAUAUCGAUCUCCCUAAGGCAGACAUUGAUGUAAAGGCACCUGAUGUAGACAUUGAAGGAGCAGAUUUUGAUAUCAAGGGACCAAAUGCAAAACUGAAAGGACCCAAAUUCAACAUGCCCAGCAUAUCUGGACCCAAAAUAUCCAUGCCAGAUGUGGAUUUCAACUUGAAAGGCCCAAAACUCAAAGGUGACAUGAAUCUUUCAACUCCAAAUAUAAAAGGAGACAUCAAAUCACCUGAAAUUGACAUCAAAGGUCCAGAGGUUGAUAUUGAAGGAUCAAAGGGAGGAUUUGAAAUGCCUAAAAUGAAAAUGCCAUCUCUAAGUUUGAAAGGUCCAAAGGUUGAUGUUCCAGAUGUUGACAUUAAUCUGAAAGGUCCUAAAGUUAAAGGGGAUGUGGAUGUUGCACUGCCAAAGAUGAAAGGAGAUCUAAAAGGUCCUGAGGUGGACAUUGAAGGCCCAAAUGUUGACAUUGAGGGUCACAAAGGUGGGCUGAAAAUGCCUAAAUUUAAGAUGCCAUCGUUUGGCAUGAAAGGCCCCAAAGUAGAAGGCCCAGAUGUCGAUAUCGAUCUCCCUAAGGCAGACAUUGAUGUAAAGGCACCUGAUGUAGACAUUGAAGGAGCAGAUUUUGAUAUCAAGGGACCAAAUGCAAAACUGAAAGGACCCAAAUUCAACAUGCCCAGCAUAUCUGGACCCAAAAUAUCCAUGCCAGAUGUGGAUUUCAACUUGAAAGGCCCAAAACUCAAAGGUGACAUGAAUGUUUCAACACCAAAAAUAAAAGGAGACAUCAAACCACCUGAAAUUGACAUCAAAGGUCCAGAGGUUGAUAUUGAAGGACCGAAGGGAGGAUUUGAGAUGCCCAAAUUCAAAAUGCCAUCUGUAAAUGUGAAAGGUCAAAAGAUUGAUGGUCCUGAUGUUGAUCUUAAUCUAAAAGGCCCUAAAUUUGAAGGGGAUGUUACAUUGCCAAAGAUUAAAGGAGAUCUUAAAGGACCUGAGGUGGACAUUGAAGGCCCAGAUGUUGACAUUGAGGGUCACAAAGGUGGGCUGAAAAUGCCUAAAUUUAAGAUGCCAUCGUUUGGCAUGAAAGGCCCCAAAAUAGAAGGCCCAGAUGUCGAUAUCGAUCUCCCUAAGGCAGACAUUGAUGUAAAGGCACCUGAUGUAGACAUUGAAGGAGCAGAUUUUGAUAUCAAGGGACCAAAUGCAAAACUGAAAGGACCCAAAUUCAACAUGCCAAGUGUAUCUGGACCACAAAUGUCAAUGCCAGAUGUGGAUUUCAAAUUCAAAGGCCCAAAACUCAAAGGUGACAUGGAUCUUUCAACUCCAAAGAUAAAAGGAGAUAUCAAAUCACCUGAAAAUGACAUCAAAGGUCCAGACAUUAAUAUUGAAGGACCAAAGGGAGGAUUUGAAAUGCCCAAAUUCAAAAUGCCCUCUCUAAGUUUGAAAGGUCCAAAGGUUGAUGUUCCAGAUGUUGACAUUAAUCUGAAAGGUCCUAAAGUUAAAGGAGAUGUGGAUGUUGCACUGCCAAAGAUGAAAGGAGAUCUAAAAGGUCCUGAGGUGGACAUUGAAGGCCCAAAUGUUGACAUUGAGGGUCACAAAGGUGGGCUGAAAAUGCCUAAAUUUAAGAUGCCAUCGUUUGGCAUGAAAGGCCCCAAAGUAGAUGGUCCAGAUGUUGAUAUCGAUCUCUCUAAGGCAGACAUUGAUGUAAAGGCACCUGAUGUAGACAUUGAAGGAGCAGAUUUUGAUAUCAAGGGACCAAAUGCAAAACUGAAAGGACCCAAAUUCAACAUGCCCAGCAUAUCUGGACCCAAAAUAUCCAUGCCAGAUGUGGAUUUCAACUUGAAAGGCCCAAAACUCAAAGGUGACAUGGAUCUUUCAACUCCAAAAAUAAAAGGAGACAUCAAACCACCUGAAAUUGACAUCAAAGGUCUAGAGGUUGAUAUUCAAGGACCAAAGGGAGGAUUUGAAAUGCCCAAAUUCAAAAUGCCAUCAGUAAAUGUGAAAGGUCCAAAGAUUGGUGGUCCUGAUGUUGAUCUUAAUCUAAAAGGCCCAAAAAUUGAAGGGGAUGUUACAUUGCCAAAGAUGAAAGGAGAUCUAAAAGGUCCCGAGUUGGACAUUGAAGGCCCAGAUGUUGACAUUGAGGGUCAUAAAGGCGGACUGAAAAUGCCUAAAUUUAAGAUGCCAUCGUUUGGCUUGAAAGGCCCGGAGGUAGAAGGUCCAGAUGUUGACAUUGAUCUUCCUAAGGCAGACAUUGAUGUAAAGGCACCUGAUGUUGACAUUGACGGAGCAGAUUUUGAUAUAAAGGGACCUAAUGCAAAACUGAAAGGACCCAAAUUCAACAUGCCCAGCAUAUCUGGACCCAAAAUAUCCAUGCCAGAUGUGGAUUUCAACUUGAAAGGCCCAAAACUCAAAGGUGACAUGAAUGUUUCAACACCAAAAAUAAAAGGAGACAUCAAACCACCUGAAAUUGACAUCAAAGGUCCAGAGGUUGAUAUUCAAGGACCAAAGGGAGGAUUUGAAAUGCCCAAAUUCAAAAUGCCAUCAGUAAAUUUGAAAGGUCCAAAGAUUGGUGGUCCUGAUGUUGAUCUUAAUCUAAAAGGCCCUAAAAUUGAAGGGGAUGUUACAUUGCCAAAGAUUAAAGGAGAUCUAAAAGGUCCCGAGUUGGACAUUGAAGGCCCAGAUGUUGACAUUGAGGGUCAUAAAGGCGGACUGAAAAUGCCUAAAUUUAAGAUGCCAUCGUUUGGCUUGAAAGGCCCGGAGGUAGAAGGUCCAGAUGUUGACAUCGAUCUUCCUAAGGCAGACAUUGAUGUAAAGGCACCUGAUGUUGACAUUGAAGGAGCAGAUUUUGAUAUAAAGGGACCUAAUGCAAAACUGAAAGGACCCAAAUUCAACAUGCCCAGCAUAUCUGGACCCAAAAUAUCCAUGCCAGAUGUGGAUUUCAACUUGAAAGGCCCAAAACUCAAAGGUGACAUGAAUGUUUCAACACCAAAAAUAAAAGGAGACAUCAAACCACCUGAAAUUGACGUCAAAGGUCCCGAGGUUGAUAUUGAAGGACCAAAGGGAGGAUUUGAGAUGCCCAAAUUCAAAAUGCCCUCUGUAAGUUUGAAAGGUCCAAAGGUUGAUGUUCCAGAUGUCGACAUAAAUCUGAAAGGUCCUAAAGUUAAAGGGGAUAUGGAUGUUGCACUGCCAAAGAUGAAAGGAGAUCUAAAAGGUCCUGAGGUGGACAUUGAAGGACCAAAGGGAGGAUUUGAGAUGCCCAAAUUCAAAAUGCCAUCAGUUAAUUUGAAAGGUCCAAAUAUUGGUGGUCCUGAUGUUGACCUUAAUUUAAAAGGCCCUAAAAUUGAAGGGGAUGUUACAUUGCCAAAGAUUAAAGGAGAUCUAAAAGGUCCUGAGGUGGACAUUGAAGGCCCAAAUAUUGACAUUGAGGGUCACAAAGGUAGGAUGAAAAUGCCUAAAUUUAAGAUGCCCUCAUUUAGCAUGAAAGGCCCCAAAGUAGAAGGUCCAGAUGUCGAUAUCGAUCUCCCUAAGGCAGACAUUGAUGUAAAGGCACCUGAUGUAGACAUUGAAGGAGCGGAUUUUGAUAUCAAGGGACCAAAUGCAAAACUGAAAGGACCCAAAUUCAACAUGCCCAGCAUAUCUGGACCCAAAAUAUCCAUGCCAGAUGUGGAUUUCAACUUGAAAGGCCCAAAACUCAAAGGUGACAUGGAUCUUUCAACCCCAAAAAUAAAAGGAGACAUCAAAUCACCUGAAAUUGACAUCAAAGGUCCAGAGGUUGACAUUGAAGGACCAAAGGGAGGAUUUGAAAUGCCCAAAUUCAAAAUGCCAUCAGUAAAUUUGAAAGGUCCAAAUAUUGGUGGUCCUGAUGUUGAUCUUAAUCUAAAAGGCCCUAAAAUUGAAGGGGAUGUUACAUUGCCAAAGAUUAAAGGAGAUCUAAAAGGUCCUGAGGUAGCCAUUGAAGGCCCAAAUGUUGACAUUGAGGGUCACAAAGGUAGGAUGAAAAUGCCUAAAUUUAAGAUGCCAUCAUUUAGCAUGAAAGGCCCCAAAGUAGAAGGUCCAGAUGUAGAUAUCGAUCUCCUUAAGGCAGACAUUGAUGUAAAGGCACCUGAUGUAGACAUUGACGGAGCGGAUUUUGAUAUCAAGGGAACAAAUGCAAAACUGAAAGGACCCAAAUUCAACAUGCCCAGCAUAUCUGGACCCAAAAUAUCCAUGCCAGAUGUGGAUUUCAACUUGAAAGGCCCAAAACUCAAAGGUGACAUGGAUCUUUCAACUCCAAAAAUAAAAGGAGACAUCAAACCACCUGAAAUUGACAUCAAAGGUCCAGAGGUUGAUAUUGAAGGACCAAAGGGAGGAUUUGAAAUGCCUAAAAUGAAAAUGCCAUCUCUAAGUUUGAAAGGUCCAAAGGUUGAUGUUCCAGAUGUUGACAUUAAUCUGAAAGGUCCUAAAGUUAAAGGGGAUGUGGAUGUGGCACUGCCAAUGAUGAAAGGAGAUCUAAAAGGUCCUGAGGUGGACAUUGAAGGCCCAAAUAUUGACAUUGAGGGUCACAAAGGUAGGAUGAAAAUGCCUAAAUUUAAGAUGCCAUCAUUUAGCAUGAAAGGCCCCAAAGUAGAAGGUCCAGAUGUCGAUAUCGAUCUCCCUAAGGCAGACAUUGAUGUAAAGGCACCUGAUGUAGACAUUGAAGGAGCGGAUUUUGAUAUCAAGGGACCAAAUGCAAAACUGAAAGGACCCAAAUUCAACAUGCCCAGCAUAUCUGGACCCAAAAUAUCAAUGCCAGAUGUGGAUUUCAACUUGAAAGGCCCAAAACUCAAAGGUGACAUGGAUCUUUCAACCCCAAAAAUAAAAGGAGACAUCAAACCACCUGAAAUUGACAUCAAAGGUCCAGACGUUGAUAUUGAAGGACCAAAGGGAGGAUUUGAAAUGCCCAAAUUCAAAAUGCCAUCAGUAAAUGUGAAAGGUCAAAAGAUUGAUGGUCCUGAUGUUGAUCUUAAUCUAAAAGGCCCUAAAUUUGAAGGGGAUGUUACAUUGCCAAAGAUUAAAGGAGAUCUUAAAGGACCUGAGGUGGACAUUGAAGGCCCAGAUGUUGACAUUGAGGGUCACAAAGGUGGGCUGAAAAUGCCUAAAUUUAAGAUGCCAUCGUUUGGCAUGAAAGGCCCCAAAGUAGAAGGCCCAGAUGUCGAUAUCGAUCUCCCUAAGGCAGACAUUGAUGUAAAGGCACCUGAUGUAGACAUUGAAGGAGUGGAUUUUGAUAUCAAGGGACGAAAUGCAAAACUGAAAGGACCCAAAUUCAACAUGCCCAGCAUAUCUGGACCCAAAAUAUCCAUGCCAGAUGUGGAUUUCAACUUGAAAGGCCCAAAACUCAAAGGUGACAUGGAUCUUUCAACCCCAAAAAUUAAAGGAGACAUCAAAUCACCUGAAAUUGACAUCAAAGGUCCUGAGGUGGACAUUGAAGGCCCAAAUAUUGACAUUGAGGGUCACAAAGGUAGGAUGAAAAUGCCUAAAUUUAAGAUGCCAUCAUUUAGCAUGAAAGGCCCCAAAGUAGAAGGUCCAGAUGUCGAUAUCGAUCUCCCUAAGGCAGACAUUGAUGUAAAGGCACUUGAUGUAGACAUUGAAGGAGCGGAUUUUGAUAUCAAGGGACCAAAUGCAAAACUGAAAGGACCCAAAUUCAACAUGCCCAGCAUAUCUGGACCCAAAAUAUCCAUGCCAGAUGUGGAUUUCAACUUGAAAGGCCCAAAACUCAAAGGUGACAUGGAUCUUUCAACCCCAAAAAUAAAAGGAGACAUCAAACCACCUGAAAUUGACAUCAAAAGUCCAGAGGUUGAUAUUGAAGGACCAAAGGGAGGAUUUGAAAUGCCCAAAUUCAAAAUGCCAUCAGUAAAUGUGAAAGGUCAAAAGAUUGAUGGUCCUGAUGUUGAUCUUAAUCUAAAAGGCCCUAAAUUUGAAGGGGAUGUUACAUUGCCAAAGAUUAAAGGAGAUCUUAAAGGACCUGAGGUGGACAUUGAAGGCCCAGAUGUUGACAUUGAGGGUCACAAAGGUGGGCUGAAAAUGCCUAAAUUUAAGAUGCCAUCGUUUGGCAUGAAAGGCCCCAAAGUAGAAGGUCCAGAUGUCAAUAUCGAUCUCCCUAAGGCAGACAUUGAUGUAAAGGCACCUGAUGUAGACAUUGAAGGAGCGGAUUUUGAUAUCAAGGGACCAAAUGCAAAACUGAAAGGACCCAAAUUCAACAUGCCCAGCAUACAUGGACCCAAAAUAUCCAUGCCAGAUGUGGAUUUCAACUUGAAAGGCCCAAAACUCAAAGGUGACAUGAAUCUUUCAACCCCAAAAAUUAAAGGAGACAUCAAAUCACCUGAAAUUGACAUCAAAGGUCCAGAGUUUGAUAUUGCAGGACCAAAGGGAGGAUUUGAAAUGCCCAAAUUCAAAAUGCCAUCAGUUAAUUUGAAAGGUCCAAAUAUUGGUGGUCCUGAUGUUGAUUUUAAUCUAAAAGGACCUAAAAUCGAAGGGGAUGUUACAUUGCCAAAGAUUAAAGGAGAUCUAAAAGGUCCUGAGGUGGACAUUGAAGGCCCAAAUAUUGACAUUGAGGGUCACAAAGGUAGGAUGAAAAUGCCUAAAUUUAAGAUGCCAUCAUUUAGCAUGAAAGGCCCCAAAGUAGAAGGUCCAGAUGUCGAUAUCGAUCUCCCUAAGGCAGACAUUGAUGUAAAGGCACUUGAUGUAGACAUUGAAGGAGCAGAUUUUGAUAUCAAGGGACCAAAUGCAAAACUGAAAGGACCCAAAUUCAACAUGCCCAGCAUAUCUGGACCCAAAAUAUCCAUGCCAGAUGUGGAUUUCAACUUGAAAGGCCCAAAACUCAAAGGUGACAUGGAUCUUUCAUCCCCAAAAAUUAAAGGAGACAUCAAAUCACCUGAAAUUGACAUCAAAGGUCCAGAGUUUGAUAUUGCAGGACCAAAGGGAGGAUUUGAAAUGCCCAAAUUCAAAAUGCCAUCAGUUAAUUUGAAAGGUCCAAAUAUUGGUGGUCCUGAUGUUGAUUUUAAUCUAAAAGGACCUAAAAUCGAAGGGGAUGUUACAUUGCCAAAGAUUAAAGGAGAUCUAAAAGGUCCUGAGGUGGACAUUGAAGGCCCAAAUAUUGACAUUGAGGGUCACAAAGGUAGGAUGAAAAUGCCUAAAUUUAAGAUGCCAUCAUUUAGCAUGAAAGGCCCCAAAGUAGAAGGUCCAGAUGUCGAUAUCGAUCUCCCUAAGGCAGACAUUGAUGUAAAGGCACCUGAUGUAGACAUUGAAGGAGCGGAUUUUGAUAUCAAGGGACCAAAUGCAAAACUGAAAGGACCCAAAUUCAACAUGCCCAGCAUAUCUGGACCCAAAAUAUCCAUGCCAGAUGUGGAUUUCAACUUGAAAGGCCCAAAACUCAAAGGUGACAUGGAUCUUUCAACCCCAAAAAUUAAAGGAGACAUCAAAUCACCUGAAAUUGACAUCAAAGGUCCAGAGUUUGAUAUUGCAGGACCAAAGGGAGGAUUUGAAAUGCCCAAAUUCAAAAUGCCAUCAGUAAAUUUGAAAGGUCCAAAUAUUGGUGGUCCUGAUGUUGAUUUUAAUCUAAAAGGACCUAAAAUCGAAGGGGAUGUUACAUUGCCAAAGAUUAAAGGAGAUCUAAAAGGUCCUGAGGUGGACAUUGAAGGCCCAAAUAUUGACAUUGAGGGUCACAAAGGUAGGAUGAAAAUGCCUAAAUUUAAGAUGCCAUCAUUUAGCAUGAAAGGCCCCAAAGUAGAAGGUCCAGAUGUCGAUAUCGAUCUCCCUAAGGCAGACAUUGAUGUAAAGGCACCUGAUGUAGACAUUGAAGGAGCGGAUUUUGAUAUCAAGGGACCAAAUGCAAAACUGAAAGGACCCAAAUUCAACAUGCCCAGCAUAUCUGGACCCAAAAUAUCCAUGCCAGAUGUGGAUUUCAACUUGAAAAGUCCAAAACUCAAAGGUGACAUGGAUAUUUCAACCCCAAAAAUAAAAGGAGACAUAAAGUCACCUGAAAUUGACAUCAAAGGUCCAGAGAUUGAUAUUGAAGGACCAAAGGGAGGAUUUGAAAUGCCCAAAUUCAAAAUGCCAUCAGUUAAUUUGAAAGGUCCAAAUAUUGGUGGUCCUGAUGUGGACCUUAAUCUAAAAGGCCCUAAAAUUGAAGGGGAUGUUACAUUGCCAAAGAUUAAAGGAGAUCUAAAAGGUCCUGAGGUGGACAUUGAAGGCCCAAAUAUUGACAUUGAGGGUCUCCAAGGUGGGCUGAAAAUGCCUAAAUUUAAGAUGCCAUCAUUUAGCAUGAAAGGCCCCAAAUUAGAAGGUCCAGAUGUAGAUAUCGAUCUCCCUAAAGCAGACAUUGAUGUAAAGGCACCUGAUGUAGACAUUGAAGGAGCGGAUUUUGAUAUCAAGGGACCAAAUGCAAAACUGAAAGGACCCAAAUUCAACAUGCCCAGCAUAUCUGGACCCAAAAUAUCCAUGCCAGAUGUGGAUUUCAACUUGAAAAGCCCAAAACUCAAAGGUGACAUGGAUCUUUCAACUCCAAACAUAAAAGGAGACAUCAAAUCACCUGAAAUUGACAUCAAAGGUCCAGAGGUUGAUAUUGAAGGACCAAAGGGAGGAUUUGAAAUGCCUAAAAUGAAAAUGCCAUCUCUAAGUUUGAAAGGUCCAAAGGUUGAUGUUCCAGAUGUUGACAUUAAUCUGACAGGUCCUAAAGUUAAAGGGGAUGUGGAUGUGGCACUGCCAAUGAUGAAAGGAGAUCUAAAAGGUCCUGAGGUGGACAUUGAAGCCCCAAAUGUUCACAUUGAGGGCCACAAAGGUGGGUUCAAACUGCCUAAAUUCAGGAUGCCAUCAUUUGGAUUUAAAGGAUCAAAAGCAGAAGUUCCUGAUGUGGAUGUCAACCUCCCUAAAGCAAAUAUGGAUGUAAAAGCUGAUGAUAUUAACAUUAAAGGGAAAGAUGUUUCUUUUGGGGGAUCAAGCUUGAAAGUCAAAGGGAUAAAAUUCAGGAAGCCAAAAAUUACAAGUCCUAAGGUCUCUGUACCAGACUUGGAUGUUAACUUGAAAAGCCCAAAAUUGAAAGGUGAUGCUGAUAUUUCAACUCCAAACAUAGACGGCAACAUCAAAUCACCUGAAAUUGACAUCAAAACUCCAAACAUUGAUACUGAAGGACCAAAGGGAGGAUUUGAAAUGCCCAAAAUCAAAAUGCCGUCUCUAAGAUUGAAAGGUCCAAAGGUUGAUGUUCCGGAUUUUGACAUUAAUCUGAAAGGUCCUGAAGUUCAAGGGGAUGUGGAUGUUGCACUCCCAAAGAUAAAAGGAGAUAUAAAAGGUCCUGAGGUGGACAUUGAAGGAGCAGAUUUUGAUAUCAAGGGACCAAAUGCAAAACUGAAAGGACCCAAAUUCAACAUGCCCAGCAUAUCUGGACCCAAAAUAUCCAUGCCAGAUGUGGAUUUCAACUUGAAAGGCCCAAAACUCAAAGGUGACAUGGAUCUUUCAACCCCAAAAAUAAAAGGAGACAUGAAGUCACCUGAAAUUGACAUCAAAUGUCCAGACGUUGAUAUUGAAGGACCAAAGGGAGGAUUUGAGAUGCCCAAAUUCAAAAUGCCAUCAGUUAAUUUGAAAGGUCCAAAUAUUGGUGGUCCUGAUGUUGAUCUUAAUCUAAAAGGCCCUAAAAUUGAAGGGGAUGUUACAUUGCCAAAGAUUAAAGGAGAUCUAAAAGGUCCUGAGGUGGACAUUGAAGGCCCAAAUAUUGACAUUGAGGGUCACAAAGGUGGGAUGAAAAUGCCUAAAUUUAAGAUGCCAUCAUUUAGCAUGAAAGGCCCCAAAGUAGAAGGUCCAGAUGUCGAUAUCGAUCUCCCUAAGGCAGACAUUGAUGUAAAGGCACCUGAUGUAGACAUUGACGGAGCGGAUUUUGAUAUCAAGGGAACAAAUGCAAAACUGAAAGGACCCAAAUUCAACAUGCCCAGCAUAUCUGGACCCAAAAUAUCCAUGCCAGAUGUGGAUUUCAACUUGAAAGGCCCAAAACUCAAAGGUGACAUGGAUCUUUCAACUCCAAAAAUAAAAGGAGACAUCAAGUCACCUGAAAUUGACAUCAAAGGUCCAGAGGUUGAUAUUGAAGGACCAAAGGGAGGAUUUGAAAUGCCCAAAUUCAAAAUGCCAUCAGUAAAUUUGAAAGGUCCAAAGAUUGGUGGUCCUGAUGUUGAUCUUAAUCUAAAAGGCCCUAAAACUGAGGGUGAUGUGGAUGUUACACUGCCAAAGAUUCAAGGAGAUAUAAAAGGUCCAGACAUGACCAUUGAAGGCCCAGAUGUUGACAUUGACGGACACAAAGGUGGGCUGAAAAUGCCUAAAUUUAAGAUGCCUUCAUUUGGCUUAAAAGGCCCCAAAGUAGAAGGUCCAGAUGUUGAUAUCGAUAUCCCCAAGGCAGACAUUGAUAUGAACGCACCUGAUGUUGACAUUGAAGGAGCAGAUAUUGAUAUUAAGGGACCAAAUGCGAAACUGAAAGGACCCAAAUUCAACAUGCCCAGCAUGUCUGGUCCCAAAAUAUCCAUGCCAGAUGUGGAUUUCAACUUGAAAGGCCCAAAACUCAAAGGUGACAUGGAUAUUUCAACUCCAAAGAUAAAAGGAGACAUUAAAACCCCUGAAAUUGACAUCAAAGGUCCAGAGGUUGAUAUUGAAGGACCAAAGGGAGGAUUUGAAAUGCCCAAAUUCAAAAUGCCAUCAGUAAAUUUGAAAGGUCCAAAGAUUGAUGUUCCAGAUGUUGACAUUAAUCUGAAAGGUCCUAAAGUUAAAGGGGAUGUGGAUGUUGCACUGCCAAAGAUGAAAGGAGAUCUAAAAGGUCCUGAGGUGGACAUUGAAGGCCCAGAUGUUAAUAUUGAGGGACAUAAAGGUGCACUGAAAAUGCCUAAAUUUAAGAUGCCGUCAUUUGGCAUGAAAAGCCCCAAAGUAGAAGGUCCAGAUGUCGAUAUCAAUCUCCCUAAGGCAGACAUUGAUGUAAAGGCACCUGAUGUUGACAUUGAAGGAGCCGAUUUUGAUAUCAAGGUGCCUAAUGCAAAACUGAAAGGACCCAAAUUCAACAUGCCAUCAGUAAAUUUGAAAGGUCCAAAGGUUGAUGUUCCAGAUUUUGACAUUAAUCUGAAAGGUCCUAAAGUUAAAGGGGAUGUGGAUGUUGCACUGCCAAAGAUGAAAGGAGAUCUAAAAGGUCCUGAGGUGGACAUUGAAGGCCCAAAUAUUGACAUUGAGGGUCACCAAGGUGGGCUGAAAAUGCCUAAAUUUAAGAUGCCAUCAUUUAGCAUGAAAGGCCCCAAAUUAGAAGGUCCAGAUGUAGAUAUCGAUCUCCCUAAAGCAGACAUUGAUGUAAAGGCACCUGAUGUAGACAUUGAAGGAGCGGAUUUUGAUAUCAAGGGACCAAAUGCAAAACUGAAAGGACCCAAAUUCAACAUGCCCAGCAUAUCUGGACCCAAAAUAUCCAUGCCAGAUGUGGAUUUCAACUUGAAAGGCCCAAAACUCAAAGGUGACAUGGAUCUUUCAACUCCAAAGAUAAAAGGAGACAUUAAAACCCCUGAAAUUGACAUCAAAGGUCCAGAGGUUGAUAUUGAAGGACCAAGGGGAGGAUUUGAAAUGCCCAAAUUCAAAAUGCCAUCAGUAAAUUUGAAAGGUCCAAAGGUUGAUGUUCCAGAUUUUGACAUUAAUCUGAAAGGUCCUAAAGUUAAAGGGGAUGUGGAUGUUGCACUGCCAAAGAUGAAAGGAGAUCUAAAAGGUCCUGAGGUGGACAUUGAAGGCCCAAAUAUUGACAUUGAGGGUCACCAAGGUGGGCUGAAAAUGCCUAAAUUUAAGAUGCCAUCAUUUAGCAUGAAAGGCCCCAAAUUAGAAGGUCCAGAUGUAGAUAUCGAUCUCCCUAAAGCAGACAUUGAUGUAAAGGCACCUGAUGUAGACAUUGAAGGAGCGGAUUUUGAUAUCAAGGGACCAAAUGCAAAACUGAAAGGACCCAAAUUCAACAUGCCCAGCAUAUCUGGACCCAAAAUAUCCAUGCCAGAUGUGGAUUUCAACUUGAAAGGCCCAAAACUCAAAGGUGACAUGGAUCUUUCAACACCAAAAAUAAAAGGAGACAUCAAACCACCUGAAAUCGACCUCAAAGGUCCCGAGGUUGAUAUUGAAGGACCAAAGGGAGGAUUUGAGAUGCCCAAAUUCAAAAUGCCAUCAGUAAAUGUGAAAGGUCCAAAGAUUGGUGAUCCUGAUGUUGAUCUUAAUCUAAAUGACCCUAAAAUUGAGGGUGAUAUGGAUGUUACACUGCCAAUGAUCCAAGGAGAUAUAAAAGGUCCAGACAUGAACAUUGAAGGCAUAGAUGUUGACAUUGAGGGACACAAAGGUGGGCUGAAAAUGCCUAAAUUCAAGAUGCCUUCGUUUGGCUUGAAAGGCCCCAAAUUAGAAGGUCCAGAUGUCGAUGUCGAUAUCCCCAAGGCAGACAUUGAUAUGAAAGCACCUGAUGUUGACAUUGAAGGAGCAGAUAUUGACAUUAAGGGACCAAAUGCGAAAUUGAAAGGACCCAAUUUCAACAUGCCCAGUAUAUCUGGACCACAAAUAUCCAUGCCAAAUGUGAAUUUCAAUUUGAAAGGCCCAAAACUCAAAGGUGACUUUGAUCUUUCAACUCCAAAAAUAAAAGGAGACAUCAAACCACCUGAUAUUGACAUCAAAGGUCCAAAAGUUGACAUUGAAGGGCCAAAGUCUGGCAUCACAUCUCUAUCAUUUCAAACUGAGGAUCCAAAGCUUGACACUAAUUUAAGACAAAGCAGUGAAAAUCUGAAGUUCCCAACAAUACCUGGGUCCAACAUAGUACUGCCAGAUGUUGACAUAAAUCUGAAGGAUUCAAAAUUCAAAGGGGAUUUUAAAGGAGAGGGUCAAUUUCCAAAAGCUAAACUGAAGGAACCAUAUGUCAAAACAGAUUUUCCGGAACUCAGCACAAAAAAACCUAAAUUUAAAAUGCCAAAGGUUGGAUUCAGGAGUCUAAAGAUAAAGACCUCAGAAACUGAUAUCAAACUGGAACAUGGAGAUGUCAACAUAAAAGGAAUGUCUGGUAGCUGUGAGGGCCUUGACCAUGACAUAGGUUUGACAGGUUCAAAGCCCAAAGGUUCCAAAUUCAAGAUGCCAAAAUUUGGCCUGAAAGGUCCAAAGGUUGACAUGCCUGAAGCUGAUCUUCCAAAACCUGGUAUUGAAAUAAAAACAUCAGAUAUCAGCACAGCAGGACCAGAACUUGACAUUCAUAGUGGAAAAGUUAAAGGACCAAAAAUGAAGGUGUCAGCUGUUUCAGGACCAAAAAUAUCAAUGCCAGAUGUGGAUUUAAAUGUAAAAGGUCCAAACCUUAAAGGGGAUUUAGAUGUUUCAGUUCCAAAGAUGGAGGGAGAACCAAUGCCAGAUGUAGACCUAAACCUCAAAGGUCCAAAAAUGAAAUUUGCUAAGGAUCUGUCUGUUCAUGAAGCUGACUUUAAAGGACCAAAGGUUGAGGUUGAGGGACCCAAGGUUGGAUUUGAAAUGCCCAAAAUCAAAAUUCCAUCUUUUGGCAUCAAACUUCCACAGCUGGAAAGUUCAAACGAUACCAUAACCAUUCCAAAUGCCAACACUGACACAGUAACCCACAAAAUGGACACUGAAGUUGGUGGACUUGAUAUUGAAUGUCCAUCGGCAAAUCUUAAAAAUCCCAAAAUGAAACUUCCAAAAACGGACAUCAGAGGAGCAGACAUUGAAAUUGAGAGUCCAAGUGGUAAAAUUCAAGGACCCACAUUUAAGAUGCCAAGUUUAUCAGGCCCCAACAUUUCAAUGCCAAAUGCAGAUUUAAAUCUAAAAGGCUCCAAACUUGAAAGUGACAUGGAUGUUUCAAAGAUCAAAGGAAAAAUAACAACAUGUGAAGCUGAUAUCAAAGGUCCAGAGGUUAAUCUGGAAGGGCCCAAGGGUGGCUUUGAAAUUUCUAAAAUAAAAAUUCCAUCAGUAGACAUUAAAGACAUUAGAGUGACAGGAAAAGCUAGGAAACCAGAAGCUGAUAUUAAAACACCAGAUGUAGACCUAGGUGUUGACACAACCAAUAUUGAUGUCAAAGGGACAAAAGCUAAGAAGCCUCUUUUUGGUAAACUUCAUUUUCCGGGUGUAGAGUUAGAUAUUAAAUCCCCAAAACUAAAAGGUGAUAGAUCUUUAGCUGAGGGAUUGAAAUCACAUGAUACAGACAUUUCACAGGUUUGUGUGGAAGGCCCUGAUGUUAAAGUAAAAGGUGGUCCAGAACUUAGUGCAAGUAUUUCAGCGCAAAAAACUGGAGGCCUUCAAUAUCCAGAGGGUACAGUACCUUUUCCAAAAAAUUUGCCAAAGUUUGGUAUUAUUCUGCCUAAGGUAGAAGGCCAAGAUGAUGUAGAAAAAGACAAAUCAGAACUUACAGCCAGUAGUGGCACAAAUCCAGAGUCUCACUCUUUCAGUCUUCAAGUCAGUUCACAAAAUAUUGACAUUCCCAGUCCAGAACUGAAGCAUGGUGAAGCCAAAGCAAAAACAAAGAUGCAAAGAUUUUUUGGCAAAUCAAAAGCAAAAGGUAGUAGUACAGGUGACCUUUGUGAACCAGAAUUAGGUCUGAGGGGAAAAGAGGGCAAGGCUACUAAAAUACAUUCAAGUGAAAUGAUGGGUGGAAAUUUAGACCUGGAAGGUGAUUCUAGAGUCCGUUUAUCAACUAAAGAAAAGUCAGCCUCACUGGAUCUAUUUAAAAAAUCAAAGCAUCAAUCUUCCUUUGCGAGUGAUGAGGGUUCACUUGCAAUUAGUUCUCCUUCAGCUUGUUCAGAAGCAGAGUGUGGUGACAUUUCAAUAGAUGUUGGAGGAAGUAAGGUCAAAGGUAAGAAAGGCAAAUUAAAGUUUGGCACGUUUGGAGGUUUUGGGUCUAAGUCCAAGGGCUCAUAUGAAGUGACACUUGAAAACGACAAUGAAGGAGAGAUAGAGGGGAGUACAAAUGUUUCUGUACCUCUUAAAAAAUCCAGAUUGUCGUCAUCCUCAAGCAUUGACAGUGGAUCAAAAAGGUGGUUUCAGGUUUCCAAGACUUGAGCUAUCACCAAAAAAGUAAUAGUAAGAUCAUUUAAACCCUCUAAUAUGCACUCAAACACAAUCUCCUAAAGCAGUAUACAUUUCAAACUAUGGCUCUAUUAAAUUUAAUAGAAUAUGCAUGGUAAUCUCUGUUUAACUAUAAAUGACUUUUUUAAAGAAAAUGAAAUUGGAGUGCAUCAGAUUGUUAAAAAAUUCUUCAAACUGUAAAUAAGAUAAAUGUAUACUAUUAAUAAUGAAUAUUGUUUUGUACAUAGUCCAGAUUUAUUAAUCUAUUGCAUCACACAAAAGCAGAGGUCAUUACAAGUUACUUUAUUCUUUUAAAUGUUUUUGUUUUAUUAUUAUUGAAUGGUUGUUGCAUAGUCGUAACCAGGGUCUAUUGAAAAGAAAAAACAUUAUAGUUGUUUUGUAGACAAAUUCUUUUUAUACACUCAAGCACAAUUUUAAUCAGUUAUCAGUUUUGUAUCAGUACAAGGAUGUUUUUUUCUAUGCUUCAAUAGUACUCAGUGCAGAAUUCUGUUUUUGCAGUAUAAUUUUGACAACAUUCUGAAGAUUCGCAUUCUUGUACAUAGUAUAAUUGCAACGACAAUCGUUUUGGAAAUUCUUUGAAAUGCUGUGUGUACUGAUUGCUGUCGCUUCAUUUAAGAAAAAUUGUAUCUGCUAAAUUUCUAUGUCACUGACAAUAAACAUUUAUUUACUUUGUGUAUUUUAAACUGGUUUCUUAUUCCUGUCAUUUUUACAUCUUUACAGUAAGUAAUCCUCUAUAUUUAAUUUCAUUUUGAAACUUUGUUUUGUAUAGACACCAACUUUGGUCAUGUUGCAGUCACUUUGUAGUGUCAUCUAUUGUCAAAACAACUUCUGUGCAUUUAGAAAGUUGUAUACAAUUGAUUAUAUUUCAUAGAGUGCAUAAUAUUUUGGAUCCAUGCUUUUGUGUGCAUUCUGCUAAGUAAAUGCAAUAAACAGAUUUCUAGAGUUUA